AACCCAAUCUCGAUUUCCGACCGGCGAUUCUCUCUCUCUCUAUUUGAUUUCCGAUCGGGAAAAACUCGGUUUCUGAUUGGAACUCGUUCUGCCGAUCGUGGGGUCGUCUCUCUCGUGGGAGUCCUUUGAAUUCUACUGAUUUCGUUGUUGUGGCGUCUUGAAUGGUUGAAACAAUUCCGAGAAGCAACGAUUUUAUGCUCUCUCUUUGCGCCACCGCAAGGGCGAGCUUUCUCCACCGCCUCUCCGCCACCUCUGCCUUCGCGUUCGGAUCCUGCAAGGAAGGCUGGUACUUCCGCUGCAUCGGCCUCGACCCUUGAACCCGAUCGAAACCCUAGUCCCCUUUUUUGUUCCUUCGUUCGUCACAUCUCGAUCCAAAACCCUGUUUAUUUCAAGAGUCUUAGAUAUUUCCUUGCGCUUCCUGGUCGAUCCGUUUGCUCGCUCGAUUCAUCCGUUGAGGAUCGAUGAUGUUGCUGUACAACAAGCAGAAGAGAAACCAGAACUCUAAGGGGAACAGGUUCCUGGUGAGCAUCAACGUUCUGGGAAGUGCUGGACCAAUCCGAUUUGUUGUCAAGGAAGAUGAAACUGUGGCCAAUGUUAUGGUUUACGCUCUGAAAAGCUAUACCCGCGAAAGGAGGCUUCCCGUUCUCGGAUCAGAUAUCCACGAUUUCGUACUCUAUUCUCCUUACUCCGCCGCUGAAGCAUUGAAACCAUGGGAGAUGAUCGGGGUGACGGGGUCGAGGAACUUCAUCCUGUGCAAGAAGCCCGAGACUGGAGAGGUCGGGGAGUCGAAAAGCAGCACACCACUGGUCACGAACAGGAAGACGUCCGGGAGCUGGAAGGCAUGGCUGAACAAGUCUCUUGCUCUUAUGAUCCCUUCCCAUUGACAAUCUCCCUGUCAUGAUGAUUGGUUGGUGUGUUUUUUUUUUAACAUCUUAUGGUCAGUCGCUAUGUUUCGAAAUAAAGAAAACACUGAUGGAGUCUGAAGUUAGACUGAGAACAAGCAAAUCUUGUGUUAUGUUUUUUUUUUUUAUGUUAAGCGUUGGUCACUGCUUUUAAAAAAAACGAAUAUUCCGUGAUUUCG